UAAGCGCAAAGAGCGCGUGGCUCCGGGGCGGGUGGCGCGCGGGUCCAUCAUAGAGCAGUUACCCAAACGACUUUCCCUUCAGAAACAGCUUCGUCGCUCAUCUUUACUCGCUAUCUCAUCACUCACACACUCAACCGGUAGGCUACAUCUAAUUCUUUUGUGGAGGUUGGCUGUGAGGUUAUGCGAGUUUCGUGCCUUCACUGCUCGGUGUUCCAGCACCGCGCCCGGAUGGAAAUGUGUCUUCCGGGGAAAAGCUGCUUUCAGCCAACGAGACAGCGAGCACAUCGCGCCGCACAGCCUGGACAUCUGCAACUUUCAACAGAAGCGAGUGCCUUUCUGAGAACGCGUGCGGUUUGAGACGCAGAUCUAUGGCAAGACCUAUGCGUCCCAGAGGGGAGAAGAGCCGUGGAAAAUCUGACAGAGGCCCGUAAGAGCUCGAACCCCUAAUUUUGCUAUUUCAUUCUGAUCCUAGUGCCGUCAUUCAUGGAUGUGCACGCAGAGGCGGGUCCGUUGCACGUGCAGACGGUGGAUGAGCCACCGGGAGGCGCCACCGUUACCGUCGCCGCCGCAGAGUUUCAGGUCCAAACGGUGCUGGAGAGCGAUGGCGAGCUCAGCGAGGAUGACCUGCAGUCGGGCGCCGGAGCUCAAACACCGGCAGCGGGUGAUCCGAUCACAGAGAUCGAGAGCGAGGAGGGUGCGCAGGCAGGGACGGACACACCGGCCGAGGACAUCGUCGGGCAGAGCGCGGAGAAAGCGGAAACGGUGGGCUCCAGUUGCAGCAACGAGAGCUGCGUCCCGACUCCAGGCUGUCGGAUCUGCUUUCAAGGAGCCGAGCAGGGGGAGCUGCUGAGCCCGUGCCGCUGUGCCGGUUCUGUACGACAUGCUCAUCAGCAGUGUCUCCUCAAGUGGAUCAGUGAGAAGGGCUCCUGGAGCUGUGAAAUCUGCAACUAUAGAUUCAACAUCCUGCCUAUACAUAUCAAACCACCACAACAGUGGCAGACCGUCACCAUGACUCUGGUGGAGAAGGUUCAGGUUAUUGCAGUGUUGCUGGGUGGCAUCUUCCUGUUGGCCAGUGUAUCAUGGCUGCUGUGGUCAGCACUGAGCCCAGAGGCACUAUGGCAACGCAGUGACAUCCUGUUCCAGAUCUGUUACGGCAUGUAUGCAGUCAUGGACCUUGUGUGUAUCGGUCUGAUUGUUCAUGAAGGUGGUGCUGUGUACAAUGUGCUGAUGCGCUGGCGAGCUGUUAAUCUCUUCUGGGACGUCCAGAACUACGAUAAAAGCCGAGACCUGGAGAACACGCACAGCCCGCACCGUAACCUGUGGCUGCCUCUCACACACACACAUACAGUCUCUAACACACCCUCACAAACCACCCGACUGGAGUCAUCGCCUCGAUGCCCCCUUCGCCUCCUCUCCAUGUGCCUGAACGUGACCUCUGACCUCUCCCCUCAGGAGCAAGGCUCAGGCGAGCUGGUCGUUAGGGUCACGUCAGUUUGACAUCAAAUUAAACUCAUUCAGGGACCAAUCGAACAGCAUUUGUGGGAGUGGCUAACUAGUGGGAGGAACCUUGGCGUUGGGAGGAGCCUUACUUGAAAAGCACUUUAGAAGACAUGCAAACUGAAUUGAAUACAGAAUUAUGUUGUAUUGCAAACUGAACAGGUGUUUCCAGCCUGAAGUUCUGGAUCAGCCUUUGAGCAUCGAAGUAAGACUGCAAAGCUCUCCGCACACACACAGACUUAUACAAAAUUAGGUCCCACUUUAUAUUAGGUGGCCUUAACUACUAUGUACUUACAUUUGAAUUAAUCAUUGGGUACAAUGCACUUAUUGUGUACAUACAUGUUUUUACAUUGUACUAUACCUAUAUGUAAUUGCAUCUGUAAUUAAUUUCUGUAAUUACAUUUAUAAUUACACUGUUGACCCAUCCCUUACACCUUAACCCACCCUUAAACCUACCCAUACCACCAAACCUGCCCCUAACCUUACCCGUAUCCCACCUCAAUAGCAGCAAAAGUGUUUUGAAAUACAAUAUGACCACAAUAAGUACAUUGUACUUAUUUUUUGAUGUAAGUACAUAGUAGUUAAGGCCACCUAAUAUAAAGUGGGACCCAAAAUUAUAAUGCACACAAAAUGUACUACUGCUGUUAGACAAAUGAAUGUUUGUUUUAAACCAACUGUUUUUAUGUUCAGGUUUUUAAUCAUUUCAGUACUGAUAAACUACAACUUAUCACAGCUUCUAUUCAUUACACUUCACCUGCCAUAAUGUACAGGCACCACAGUUACAGGCCUUUUCACAUUAAGCCGCAUUUCCACUAUCUAUGUAAUGUACGAUCAUUACAUUUUGCCCCUUGUGGCAGCCGCAUGACACUUUCAAAUUGGUUGUGAAGCAGCCGUUACCCUUUGCUUAUUCAAUCUUGGUAAAAAAUGAAUGAAUGUAUAUCCAUACAAAACAAAUGAGCGCCGAUGUUGACAACGCUGUUGAAAACAUUGAUUUCACAAGUAACUAGUAUAGAAAAUAUGCAAAGGGUAACAAAAGUCAUUGAGAAAAAGUUUAAAAAAAUUAAAUACCAAAAAAUUAUUUAGGUUUAUGCAUCUAUUAGACACUUUUAUCCAAACAGACUUACAAUGGAAGAGCUUAAGUAAUGUGUCAUAGAGCCAACAAUAUUGAUAUGGCAGGUUUAUUAGAAAGCUAGAUUAGGAAAGAAGCUAAAGCAGAGGUGAAAUGCUAUGGAAGCCCGUUUCAGUCAUGCAAUAAAAAAUUAAAAUGGUAAUUGCGACAUAUGUCACAAUUCUGAUAUUCAACUCUCAAAUUGAAAAUGUACAUCUCCCAAUUUAGACUUUUGUUCUCAGAAUUGCGAGUUUAUCUAUCACAAUUCUCAGUUUAUAUCUUGCAAUUCUGAAAAAAAAAAAAAAAACCCCCGCAGAUUUAUAAACUCAAAAUUGCAAGAAAAAGGGCCUGAAUUGUGAGAAAAAUUACCUUUUUGGGCUUCCAUAAAAUGCAGAGAAGAAGAAGAAAAAAAGAUGACUUUUUAUUUAAAUAUUUUGGGAAAUGUCAGUAGUGUUUGUCUGUGUAAAACUUGUGGUUGGACAGGCGGUCUCGUGUGCUCUAGAUGCAAAAGUGUAAAUAUUUCAAUGCAUCCAAAGCUCAAAUUGGAUCUUAAAAUUCUGCAUACAGUCAGAACGCCACACAGCUCCUGUACUACUCUACAUUGGAAACUAAAGACUUCAGAGAUUAAUGCCAAGGAGGUAGUGGAGAAACUUGCAAAAGUUGAACAAACAUUAACUUUUGCUGCAGUGGAUUCUGUUGUAUGCAUCUGUGUCAAUUUAUUCUAUUCCCACCUGAUUUUAAAUGACCCUCAGAAAGAUCUUACACACUGUCAUCUGUCAAUGCUUAAGUGCCCUACAUCUCAUGUUGCAUAUAUUACAGCAAAAAAACUAACUGACUUUGGACUUUUAGUCUCUAGACUCAUACAAAAUUCAUGAAGAAAUGGAGUUGGUGGUUAGAUAUUGUGAUGCUGGUAAGCAUUUUAACCAUUGUGCCCUUAAGAUACCAAGCCCUGGACAAGCUUUCUAAGACUGACAUAAAUGUAAUAUAAAAUGUUAGGAGUGAAAUAAUUACAAAUACUUUUAACAUCGUAAGCACAUUGAAAAUCUUCCUAAGCAGCUCAAGUCUACAGCGAAAAUGCAAACCAUCACAGAAAUACUGAAUGUUCACUGAUUCCAUCUGGGCACAUUGUGUUUCUGUCGUUGAAACUUGACCAGCGUUCAUGCUAGCU